AGAAUUCGUUUUCGCAAAAACAAGCAAACGUCAAAUUACAAAGAAAACCGGGAAAGUUUCAGGAUUUCAUUAAUGAGAAUUUAUUCCUUCAGAAUUCUAGGUAUCAGACAUAAUAACUGAAAAAAUUCAAUCAAAGGAAUAUCAAGCAAGUAUACACUAUGUCUGAGACAGAGAGUGAUAUCUUAACCUCGCAAAUCCUCCCGUCUUUACAACGGUCACAACAAAUCAAAAAUCACCUAAAUGACUUUCAAAAUAAACUACAAAUAUUCGGUAUAAAGUUGUCUUUGGAGGAUGAAGACACACAUAAGUUAACCCAAGAACAAGCUCUUGUUGUUAGAGACUUAGAGAAAUAUUUUGAAGGUUCCAAAGACAGUGUUGAAGAUUUUGUUAAAGGAUUGAAACAACUUUGCAAGAAAGAAAAAUAUUUUCGCAAAUUAUUACUAUUGACACGUCUUGAGAAAAAUGAUAGUAAAGAACCUUCUAGAUAUAGACCAGGACGAAUUGAACAAGAAAGUUUAUUCAGAAUUUUCUUGAAAGUAUCUUGUUUACAAAAGGAAGUUAUGGAUAUUCUUCUAACAGAAAUAACGGAGACAUCCGAAUCAGCAGAGGAUACUUCACUGCUUCAUCUACUGUUGAAUCCUUUUCGCUUCCUCCCACACAUCAAUGAUCCGCAAACUCUUACCACAAAACUAUUAGAUAUUUUAGAGAUUGCAAGCUAUCCAGCUCAGCUGGAAAUACUAGAUUCAAUUCCCGACAUCAUUCCUGAUAGCCAGAAUUCAGAAACGGCUCAACAACUUAGCAAACUUAUGGAUGAUAAAGAUGAGUUAACAGGGGCUAUUGUUGACUGUUUGAAUGUAUUAGAUUUAGAUUCUGAAAUGAGAGCAGAAAUACAAGAUAGAGUUUUGGCAAAAAUUGCUAGUGGGACUUCUCUGAAGAUAUUUCCUAUACUUCUAUCAUUUCUCUUGACCGACCACAAAUCACAAAACUGUAUUCAAACACUUCUCAAAAUACGUAGUGCACUUGACACAACUAUGUUGUCUACGGACAGAACCAAAGAAAGAGAUACCUGCAAAAUUCUCAUUUUCAAUAAACUUCAAGCAUACACUCUGUCAUCAAAAACUAUAACUGAUGCUUGGUUGAAUAUGAUUUCUAGCAUCAAAUCCCAUUCAGAUCAUAAACCUAUCGAUUUUCUGCUACUUUUUAUGCUUCAUACCACAUCAUCUGCUAAGAAGAGAAUAAUUGAGGCCAUUUUCCGAAAACGUGUGCAGAGUGGACUCUUUAAGAUCAGUCAACUGGAGAAAAUGUUUGAAAAGUAUAUGUCACAUCAGCUUUUAAAAGACUAUUUCACAUCUAUAGUAGAAAUAGGUUGCAGUUUAGUUCGAGCCUCAAAUAACCAAAUGAUCGCGGAAUUUUCUUCUACACUAUUUCAAAUCCUGUUUGAUCAUUACUACACCGAAACAGUCUACCGAAGAGAAAUUCUCGAUAGCUUGAUAGUUCUCACUGGUUCUAAUGACAAAAAAACAGUCAGUACGGUUUUGAAAAUCAUAUUUUCACUCUUGGAGAAAAAGGAAAAAUUGCAGCAACAUGUUAUUCUAUUAAUGAGACUGCUAGAAAGAUUGGACUCUUUGGAACUGAAAGACGUAAAAAUGAUAUUUGAAAUAUUGUGCUGCUUGACCUGUGGACCUGAUGUUGAUGAAUCUGUGUCUGGUUUGGGAAAUGAGAUUCAUAUGGUUAUCAGAAAACAAUUGUAUAGCACCAAGAAAGCUAUAAAACACAGAGGAAUUGUCUCUGCUGUAGUAAUGGCUCAAAACAUUGUUCGAACUACAAAAGAUUAUGAACCACCCCUGUUACCUAAGGAUUCUAUAAAAAGUAUAUCGGAUUUGCCACGAGGAUCAGCCAGAGAGGCUGGAUCUCUUCUGGAUCUUGCCACUAUGUGCACUUCAGGCUGUGCCGAACUUAUGGGUCUUUACUAUGAUCAACUAGCUUCAAUGCUAAUAGCCAAUCAUCAUUUAGACCAGGCUUUCAUGGCUUGGUUAUUUGAAAAUAUUACCGCUGAUUUUACGUUUAAAUACAUUGGUGGAAUAUCAAAAACAGUUAUGAAGGAAAGCAAUUUGGAACUUGAGUUACAAUUUUCACUCAACAGUCCUGAAGAGACAGAUUCGCCUGAAAUGGGAAUAAACAUAGCAGAAUUAACUUUAACGAAGAACUCUUCCAUUUUGCUCCUGGCACCUCAUUUUCGAUUGCUCAGGCUUCUUCACUAUAGACUACAGGAUGGAAACCUUGCAACAGUUAAUGCUCUGCUUGGUUGCGCAGUGGCUUUACCCAAGGUGGAAGACAUUGAUGACUUGGAGUCGGAUCAGGUGAAAAAUGUAGCCGAUUGUCUGUUUCACUGUGCCAAUUGGUUCAGAGAAAUAAUUAGUGGGUUUGUGACCCAACACAAGAGAUCAUUGAGGGUAAAAGUUGUGGCUAGAUUGGAGCAUUUACUUGAAAUUGAAAAGAAACUUGAGCAUUGCUUGGAGAAAGUUCCUGAUCAUAAACUACCAAUGAGCUACUUUGACUCAGAUUCUGGUAUUUAUACUAAUAAACAGAAGAUAACAAAAAGUGAAAGUAAAUCCAAAAAUCCAAAAAAGAAAAUGAAGUCAGCACCAGUUGUGGAUGAUCCAGAUGAGAGUGCAAAUACUGUUGCUUUUUCUCAAGUAAAAAAAAAGAAAACCCUGAUGAAAAUGCUUAGUGGAGGACAAAAAUUGAACUUCAGAGAUUUAGAUACCGACACAGUACUGUUAUUUAAGUACCCUUUGAAAUUUCCCGAGGACGACUGCACCCAGCUGACGCAAACAGCAUCUUUGAAUAUUCAGCAGCUUGAAUUUCUACUGAAGGAUUUAGUUUCCAAACUGUCUAUUGCAACACAAAAUAAAAACAUUGGAUUAUCCCAUUUGAAUGAAGUUGUUCCUCUACACCUCAUAAAAGAUUCUGCAGCACACAUAUUGCCGAACUUGGAUUCCCACCUAGAGGUUCUUACAGAAAAAAUAAACAAAUUAUUAGAAGACAAUGAUGGCAGAUUAGAUUUGCCGGAAAUGUUCUCUCCAGAUGCUCUCGUUAUCAAGAAUUGUUUUGGUUUGAUUUUGGAGUCCUUUUAUUUAAUAUUCAGUUGGACUGGGUUCCAACAUUCUAGUAAUCUGGAGGUAAGGGUCUCAUUUAUUUAUUGUCCUAUCAGGAUAAAACACACUGAUAAACCCGCUGAAUUUGAGCUGUUGAGCAUGCUCAGGAUAAAGAGUGAAGUUCAAUCCUUAACCAAUUAUCAGCAUCUAACCUUAUGGAGGAAUGCAGCUUUAACCAUGCAAGGUUUGAUGACUAUUGCAAAAGCCCAAGAAACUAAAACCAAUUUGGCAUGUUUCUUAAAGAAAUCCAUCGGUAUCCUCAAAUUAUUUUUAUCACAUGGGAUUCCGAUAAUGGAAAUAACACUGCGUUCAAAACCCGAUGAUGUUGUGUCCAUUUUUAAGUCAUUGCAGUUGAGUACAAGAUUUUUGCAUCAUUUGUGCUGUUAUACGAAGUUUACUAAAGAUUCCAGUUUGAUGGCAUAUGUUCCACAAUUUCGGUUAACUCUGGAAUCGCUAGUUUACAGGGUCAAAGCUACUUUGGCAGCCAACAAUUGCUCAACAGCAUUCUGGAUGGGUAACUUGAGAAAUAGAGACUUAGAAGGUCAUGAUAUUUUGUCCCAGAGUACCACAAUUACUGAAGAUAAUGAAGAAGGCAGUGAAGAGGAGUUACCUGCAGACGAUUCUGAUGAUAUGUUAGAAAUUGAUUUUUCAAGCAAUAACGAUAAUGAGCAACGGUCAAGUAGUGAAGUGUUUGAUUGAAAUACAGUUAA